AUGUCACUGCCUCGAUGUGGACAUGAGCUGAUGGUGUCAUGUCCUACAGCCGAAGAGCUGCGAGAUUGGAAAGGAGAAUCGUCCUCGACAUUUGAUGUUGUUCUAGAAGGGACAUCUUACGGUCCAAAAGACUACUUUUGUAAGCAGAUUACGAAGUUUAAACGACGUUGUGGUCACCACCAGAUGGUGAGAUGUGAGCGAGCUUUCGAGCUGGCGCAGUGCCCUUCGCGUUGCCAAGAAUCAGUAGUUAUUUUGAACCCAGAGUGUGGCCACGAGUGUACGAUGACGUGCCAUGAGGAGGAGACUUUGCGGAAGAAGUUGGCACAAGAUUCAAUAGAGCCUGAUAGUAUUUCUCCCGUUACGAUUGUGCAAGAAUACGAUGCAAGCAACUACCGCAACUAUGGACUGAAGCUUCAGUGUGACGAGGAGGUGACGUAUAAUCGUACAUGUGGCCACAAGCUGAAGAUGAAGUGCAGCGAAGCUCGCCAAGUCACGACCAUUUGCAAUGAAUUGUUGGCGAUGGUUGUGCCACUCUGUGGACAUACAAUCAAUUUGCCAUGUCAUAUGAAAAAGGAAUUGAGCGAUUGGCAUCCGUGGCAAACACUGACGCCGUCAAUUCAGCUUUUACACAAUGAAAGCAUUCUGGAAGAUACUCUACUGAUCCCUGCUCCUUGCCCGGCUGCUUUGCGAUCCAUCCCAAAUAAAUGUUCAGCCCCCGUACGAUUUCGCAGAACAAAUCGUGUGGACACUAUAUUGAAAUGGAGUGCUGCGAUGCGUUCAGACUUUUAA